GGGUCCUUAUCAGUUCCUGGCAUAUGUCAGGAAGGGGAAGGACAAGAACUCCUGGAGUCAGUCUUUAUGGCUCCUUUUAACAUACGGUCGGGCCAAUGAUCUAAAUCAGGUCAGGGAACUCUGGGACAACAUAUCCUUGUGAAACCUGAGAUUGAGGGAGGCCAAAAUGACCAGCCUUGAAAAUACAGGAAAACCUUAACAUGCUGGCUAGCCCUGGAAGUUAGGAAGAGCCCAACAAACAUGCCAAACCCCAGCUGCAGUAGGUACCAGAUAAAGGCCAGGAAGACCCCAAUAACAUAAAAUUGUCAAAGUUCCAAGAAUAGUAGGAAGCAGAUAAGAGCCAUACAUGCUGAAAAGUAUUUAAACCCCAGCCUGUCAGAAGCAUCUCAGAACUCUGAUGGCAGAGGUUCCCACUGAUGCGCGUAUCAGUUCCAUAAUAAUUGCCUGCGGUCUUCCUUGGUGGUGGGUGAAAUCCUGGACCUUAACAAGAUAACAUAUCCUUGUGAACCUACAUAAAUAAGGAUAUGUCAUUUUUAGUUCUUGGGAUAAGGGGCCCAUUAGGGUAUCAUCUGGAGGGCAAGUUCCCAUAAUAUCAAUCUGUUUCUUCAUAAGGACAAUAGUGGGCCUUCAAUCUUCCUAGCUCUGGGAUGGUAAGGGCAUACUUCCUACAUUUAGUUGCAUAAACUGAUCUAUUUUUUCUUCCUUCUUUUGGGGAAGAGUAUAACAAUUUCCCUCAAGAACUGCUUUAUCUGAAACAAAUUGGUAUGUUGACUCACUGUUGUAAUUUUGGGGGAGAAAUUAUCUAUUAUUUCUAUAACUUGUUCUUUGAUCCACCAAUUCUUUAGGACUGCUAUUAUGUAUCAAAUUUAUUUUGAAUGUUUUCUUCAAUACCCUUUUAUUUAAUAUAAUUUUAUUUCAUUUUGAUUGGUGAAAGAUGGACAUAGUAUUUCUGCUUUUCUCAGUGUGAAGUUUUUUAUAUCAUCACAUAUUAUUUUUUUGUAGCAGAUGGCAUGCAGUUUACUCCUUGUCGACUCCAAACCACUAAAUAUUUUUAAAAAGCAGGGUGUACUAAAUAAAAAUUCAGUCUUCGCGUUUGUUAAUUUCUGGCAAAGUCAUUUAAAAAAAAAGGAAAUUGAGUUUUAAAAGGAAAUACGUAAACUGCGUCUGUGGUAACAGGCAAAUUAGAGAUUCGGCGGGAGGAGUCUUUCAGGAAGUAGAUUGUCGCAAAAAGCUCGGGGGAGAGCCAGCUUCUAGCCGUAUCCACGCUCCUCCUCCAGUGACAUGCGCAAUAACUAGCUAGCAGAGCCUUUCCUAAGGGCGCAGGUUAGUGUAGGAUGCUUGCGGGGUUUGGGAGAGGGUAGGAUGUGAUGCCGGGUAAGGGGAAAAAGAAAUUUGCGAAUGCCUAAGUAGGAAAGGACAUCCCGAAUUCUAGAGAAGGUCAUUAUUGGUCUGCCAAAGGAAAAUAGCUUGAACCCCCAAGCUUACCGCCAAGGCCCCACCUUCCCAGGAGACCUUCUGAAGCAUCUGGCGAUGCGUGCGCAGCUCCUAUACCAUUUCUAGAAGUCUUGAUUCGGUGUCUGACAUCUAUCCUGGGAUCCUGUCUCCAGAUUCGGUGUCUAAGAAAAGGAAGACAAUUACAAAAUAUUGCUGAAGGAAGAGAUUCACCAAAUCAAUAAUGGAAAAACCCAGAGGGGACAUUACACAAGGUCCCAUUUUUGGAGAAGAUUAUGGAAAUGAAGGCAAAAUAGGGAGACUGGAGCCAAACCCUGUAGGCAAGAUUCAAAAGAAAACCUUUUCUAAAAAGAAAGGUUUUAGGCAACUGAUAGUAACCAAAAAUAUAAUAAUGCCCACUGAAGAAAGAGAAGAUAAAUGUAAUGAAAUUAGGAGAAAUUUCACACUACAGUCAAAACUUAUUACUCAUCAGAGAGUUCAUACAGGAGAGAAAUCUAGUAGUUUUGACACAUGUGGAACAACCUUCAAACAGCACUCAGAAUUAGUUAAAUGCCGAAAAAAUUGUUCAAGGAAGAAAACAUAUAAGUGUAAUGACUGUGAGAAAAUCUUUAGUGAUCGCUCAAACUUUAUUCGUCAUCAGAGGAUUCAUACUGGAGAGAAACCCUACAAAUGUAAGGAAUGUGGAAAAGCCUUCAGCCAGAGUUCAUCCCUUAUUGAACAUCAAAGAACUCAUACUGGAGAGAAACCCUACAAAUGUAAUGAAUGUGGGAAAUCAUUCACUGUGAGCUCAUCCCUAACUCAGCAUCAGAGAAUUCAUACUGGAGAGAAACCGUAUAAAUGUAAUGAAUGUGGGAAAGCCUUUAGUGAUUGCUCAUCCUUUACUCAACAUCAGAGAAUUCAUACUGGAGAAAAACCUUAUAAGUGUAAUGAAUGUGGGAAAGCCUUUAGUGAUUUUUCAUCUCUCACUCAGCAUCAGAGAAUUCAUACAGGAGAGAAACCCUAUAAGUGUAAUGAUUGUGGGAAAGCUUUUAGUCGUAGUACACACCUAACUCAACAUCAAAGAACUCAUACUGGAGAAAAACCUUAUGAAUGCAAUGAAUGUGGGAAAGCUUUCACUGCACAUUCAACCUUUACUCAACAUCAGAGAAUUCAUACUGGAGAGAAACCCUAUGAAUGUAGUGAAUGUGGAAAGGCUUUUCCUGAAAGUUCAUCACUAACAAAACAUCAGCGAGUUCAUACUGGAGAGAAGCCAUAUGAAUGCAGUGAAUGUGGGAAAGCUUUUAGCCAGAGCACACAUCUUAUUCAGCAUCAUAGGAUUCAUACUGGAGAAAAGCCCUAUAAAUGUAACGAAUGUGGAAAAGCCUUUGCCCCGGUCCUGCCCAGCUGCUGCCUGCUUCUGUGCUCCUGCAAUCCAGACCCAGAUCGUUCUCACCUGGCCCCGGGUCCCGGCUCCUGGCUCUGGCUCCUGCUCCUGGCCUCUCUCUCGCCCUCCUGGUUCCGGUCCUGACCCGCCUGAAACUCUGGCCUCAGAGCAUAUAGCUCAUCACCCCAGGCCCAGGACUCACUUCCACCAGCAGGUAAAAAUGGGGGUGAUUUUUCUUUAGGCUACAAUUAGCCUCCACAUGGACUGGGAGCAGGAGAUCACAGGGCGAGGGGAGAAAGAAAAGAAGGAAGAGACUUUUCCAAACAGGAACUUAAAGCAUGGCUACUUUAAAAGGAUAUCUUUUGACUGUAAUGAUUCUUUCACUUAGCUCACCUGGGAGUCAGGGAAAAAAUUCAACUCCCUGCAACUCUUUAGCCAAAUUUGAGAUUCCUAAAAUCCACUCUUACUUUGGGGGGCAACUCAGUGGCUCAGUGGAUUGAGAGCCAAGCCUAGAGACGGGAGGUCCUAGGUUGAAAUCUGGUCUCAAGACACUUCCUGGUGGUGUGGCCCUGGGCGGGUCAUUUAACCCCCAUUGCCUACCCCUUACCAAUCUUCUGACAAUAGACAUCUAAAUGGAUAAAAAAAAAAAACAAGGAAUUUUAAAGAGACUGGAGGUUAUAUUUUUAAGGCAUUUCAGACUCCAUGUUUUAUAAAAAUCUCUGUAUUCUAUUGCAUUUGCUGAUUGUUUUAAGACAACUUUGUGAUUUUAAAUUCAUAGAUUACUGCUUUUCAAUACUAUGCGGUUACACUGAAUCAUUUUAAUGUACUCGGUUUAAACUACUGUUAAAUUCUGUUGCUUUUCCCCUAUAACUAUACUGAAAAAACAUUAUUGAGUAGGCCCAUAUAAAAAUGGCUUUUCUAUUUUUGACUUUGUAAAUUGUCACAUAGAGGAUAGAUGGACUUCAUCAAAAAAACUGCUACAACAACCUUUGGAAAAUUUAAUGAGCUAAAUUUCUCAGAUUGAUUUUAAGGGUUCUUUAGACAUGAUUUUUAGGAUUAUUUUCUUAACAAUCUCUAGUCAUUUUGCCUGCCCCUAACACGAGGUAAGGCCCAUUUUAGUAGCUGAAGUGAAAUACAAUUAUAAACCCCAACUCCCGCAUUUAUAAAAAUGUGAAUAGAAGUUGGGAAGUUAAUCCCAGGGCAUUGUACUCCUAGAAGCCUCCAAAAAAGGGGAACAUCUCUCAUUUAUACUCUUCAGCUCACUUUACAGAGGUUGAAGUUUUUUCUAGACUUCUCUGCCACAUUUUUGUAAUGAUAUCUAGAAUUCUUGGUGAUGUUCAAAAUCCAAAAUGUUUUACUUUGUUUAAAAAUAUGUUUACCAACGUUGAAAGAUUUGCUAUGUUUAUAAAAAUUGUGACAAAUAUCCAUCAGUUCAUAGGCUUUUAAAAAUGCCAUAUAGCAACUUAUGUGAAAUAUGAUGGUUUGUUUGUUUGCUAUUGUAAUUAACUGGACUAUUGAGAAUUUGGGGGAUAUUGAUAACCUACAUAUUUGUAUUACUGUUCUUUAUUUUAAAAAAAUACUGUUACUUUGUAAAAUUCAUUUGCUUGGACUCACAGUGAAUCGUGGCCAGAUAUGAAGAGGAAAUGGAUCUCAUUUCUGGUGAGAAAGCCUUGUAUUCUAUAUUUUCUUAGCUGACACAGUGUCAGUGAUUAUAAACUACAUUUUUGAAUUUUUAAAACUUUUAUUAUAUUUUUCUUGCAUGUGCAAUAUACUAUUUCAGUAUUUUCUCUCCUUUUUAAAUUUGAAGCACAUGUCACCAGUAUUAAGAUUUUCUUUAACUUUUUUGACUUAGCAGUAAUAUAAGUUUAAAAUAGAUUUGCUAUGAUGUCAAUGCAUGCCCCCAAAUCUUGAGACUAUGAAAAUGAUGACACUAAUUGUUUAAAAAAAUUAUGGGACUCUGCUUAAUGAUUCUGUCUGAUUCCAGGACAAGAUAUACAAAAGAGCCAUUGCACAGGACCAAAGAGAAACCAAUCCAGGAAGGUCCAAGCCAAUACAAAGGACUUGAACCUAGGGUGAAAACUCAAGGUUGUGACACUUAACAUAUGUUAAAACAUAGGCCUUCCUUGUCUCCACACUCUUUGUGAAAAUACUUACAGACGAGUAUCCCUAACUUGGCUCCUUACCUGGCUCCUAUAAUCUAGUUCCUUUUCUGUUUUUCAUAAUGUGGCAAACUUCCUGUAGUCCUGGCUACUGACUGGGUAAAUGCAUCAUUGCUUAGAUCAUUUUAACUGGGCCCUGAUUCAAGGACCUGUUAUAAUUUUACUUUUCCUUUACUUGGAAUUUUUAUAUAUAAGAUUUUGAUAGUCUAUAUUUUCAUCCAGAAAUUUUCUUUUUUAUUUGGAUUUUUCAUAUGUCUUUUUAAUUUCUCUAUACUUCAUAACUCAGCCAUGCAUCCCUAAGUGAUCCUGUGUUUUUUCAAUCACCCUCUUCUCGGGGAAAUGUAAAAAUAAUAUUAUUUUAAAUUGCAAAGUUUAAAUUCCUUUUAAGAAGAAUUUUAGGUUAAGAAACAUGAUACCUCUCCGAAUCCAGAAACUGAACUGUUUUGAGAAGACAAAUGAAGAUGCCUCCAGACCACAAACUGCACGAGAAGAUCAAAAAUGAACUUUGGGUGUGGUUUAUUGAACAUUUAUUUGUAUCUAUACUUUCAUGCCAAAGGGGACUGCCUCCUAACUGGCUUUUUGUCAAUGUGUCUAGCAAUUAUUGGUUUUGUUCUUUUCCUCUUAUCCUUAAAUUAUUGUAAUCUUUAAGUUGAUUGUGUUUUCCUGAUCCUUUUGGGGAAAUUUUUCCAAAUAGGAUCAAAUGGGGAAAUUUAAAAUGGAGAUUUGAAUCCCAGACUUCAAUUCCCAGAAGUCCUUGGUAGUUUCCAGAAUUCCCUAAAAUCUCACCGGAGAUACUCACCUGGGCCGAGAACAAAAUGGGUAUUUAAACUGACUGUACCACCUGCUUGGGCCCCUCUCCCUGCUUCUGCUUCUAAGUACACGUCUCUCAAGAUGUAGAGAGGUGGUUGUGAAUGGGCUCUGGGCCUAGGCACAUGCUUUUCUUAUUUUGUAUUUUCUUUAUUUUUUUAAUUCUAAUAAUCUUUAACAAACCUCAUAAAAUAUAAUACUUUUAGAAGAGAAACCAAUUUUAUUUUUAACAGUUACCUGUAACACAGAGGAGUUAAGAAGACUCUCUGGGCACUGGAUCUUACAUUCUCCAGAUGCUCCACACUGGGCUGCAAAUAUUGAGAUUUAUUUCAUGGGCCAGAGUGCCAAAUGGGAUUCCACAGAAGGAAUGGGAUAACAUGAAAAGGUUAAAAAGAAUGACAGCACCAGCAGGCUACUAACAAUCUAGAUUUAUUCCGUCAUGCUUCUCCAACAGGCUUCAGCUUCUAUUGAUUCUAAUUCUGCUAGAAGCCAUGUGUAUUAUUUAUCUACUCUCUACCAAAGUAGCCCAUUUAGGGAAUCAAAUGGUCAACAAAAAUAAUUUUGACUAGAGCCUGGCCUCUGGAGCCAGGGGGGAAAUUGCUCUCCACCUUCCUAUCAUUAUCAAGUUUGUUCUCUUCUCUUCAACUGUGUCCUCUUUGUGAACUUACAGAAUGAUAGGAGGGAGAGUUUGGGGUGAUUUAACCCCUUGGUCCCCCACAUGCACUCCCAAUUGGUUGUCAAUGCAUCUAUUAGUCAUUUUUUGCUAUCUUUCCCUCUUAUCCCCAAAUUGUUGUAAAAACCUCUUUGUAAAGUGCAAUGUUUUACACAUCUCUAGUAAGGGAAGCUUUAGAGGUAUAACCUACAUAUGUGGAAUGUACAGCAGUCGGUCAGCAACCACUGCAUAAAAGGGAAAUCUAAGUGAUUUAACUUGAGGAGAACAGAAGUCAGGAGAAUGGGUUAAGAAAUUAAGAAAGACAUACGGAUUAUUUGAAUCAUAAGGAGGAAAGGCACUGGUUUCUUGAUAUCUUCCUUUGUAGGGCCUUCAGUAAAGGAAGAUAUGAAUAACCAAGAAUACAUGGAAUGAAGAAUUCCUAGAAUAAAUAGAAAUCAAUAGCAGUGAAAGGUUAGGUGAGAGAGGAACAAAAGAACAAAGAAAGAAGAUCUUCAAUAGAGCUCCAGAGAAGGAGUGAUUCUUUUGGCAUGCAGCUAAGUCCAGAGUGAGAGAGAAAAAGAGGAGGAGUUGUGCCAUUCCUGUCUUUUUAUUGUAGAGGAGAUUAGGAGGUACAUAAUGCAUAUGUAACAACACAUAGCCAUUGGUUUAAAUACAAAUUACAACAUUCAAAAGACAAAGAAACCUGGAUUGGCGCCAGAAUGUUAAGAAUGCUGAGAUCAAAGAUCGAGACCUUUACUGCCCAUGCUCAGGUCUUGUCCAUGUGUUAAUACAAUUUCCAUACAUCAAACAUAUACCUUAUACAUACAUAUGUGUGCUGUUACAGAAUGAUUCAAUGGGGAGACCUGACAUAUGUUAAAUUUAAUUGUGGUCGAGUUCCUCUUCCAAUCUCUCCUCAAGUGUCUGUCCUCCAGUCAAACUCCAAGUCAAGAGUUCUUCCAUCAUCUGAAUCCCUUCUGUGGUCCUCUUUUUAAAGUUCUUUUUCUCUUGUGUCAUCUCCCCUAAAUUUCAUGUCUACCAACCACAGCAGAUACUCUGCCCAGAAGGCAAUCAGUCAAUUCUAAUUCGUUACCCACUAUCGCACAUGUGGGUCACAGACCUCCCCAUCUCAUGAUUAAGUGGGAGAUUUACACCUUUGGUGAUCAGAUCUAACAUGGGCAGAUCUUCCCACUCAAUUUCAAAUACUGUGCUUAUAUUUCUGGGGAUUAAAUCGACAAAUAGACAGAGGAUUAAAAUUCAAUCUUCACAAUCAAGGAAGAGCUAAGUACCUUUAUUGUUACAGUCAGGGGAGAGCUAAAUUCAAUAUUCACACAUAUUAAUCUCCUAAAAAUCCCAAAGGAGAUUUUAAUAUGCUGGUCUCCCAAAGAAUCACAGGGGUAACUGUGUGAAGGGAACUCCUCUCCCCCAGUACUAUAAACUGGGUUCAUCCUACCUGACUGCUAGCUUUAUGUCACAUGACUGGACAUCACAUGAAUGUUUCAAACAUAGGUUACAGGUGAAGAGUCCUAGGGACACAAACUGGAACUAAAGGUUAUCGGUCUGGGGUAAAAGAAAGGAUAAAAAAGGGGGCUUGAGGGGGUGUUUUCUAUUCCCUUGGAUGGCAGCAUUGCAGGAUGCUGGCUGGGAGCCAUAAGUCAGUGUGCCACGUGGCAAGAUUAGAAUGAGAUUAGAAAUAGGCUUUAAUCUCUAUCUGCCUUUUCCAUUUCAAAUAAAUAUUAAUACUCUAUGGAAACUAAGAACCAAAGUUUUUAAUUUAACAAUUACAAAUAUGAAAAAUAUGGAAAUUGGUUUUGAACAAUGAUACAUGUAUAAUCCA